GAUACAAAAAUGGGAAGUUUAUCUUGGCCCACAGCUACAUUUAUAACUGUUGUUGCCACCGUUUAUUUGGAGGCCAAAACGACUCAGCCAGCAAAGUACACUAAAAAAGUGUAUGACAUGGAGAUUGCCAAUGCUUUUGAGACUUCGCUUGCGCCACCGACAGAAGAGACUGUUUUCACUGAAUUACCGGAGACAAGUGACACCACUACUGAGCUGGCCUCCUUAAACCCUGAUUUCAGAACUGCCACCACUCUAUAUCCUUUUGAUAAUUUCACUCUUGAAACUGCGGAUUUCUUCUUUAACUGUUGUGACUGUUGUACACCUAUGGCUGGGCCGAAGGGGGAACCCGGACCCACAGGACCUCCAGGUCCCAAAGGAGACACUGGGGACAUGGGAUUGCCAGGACCACAUGGAGCGACUGGUCCCUCGGGCCUUAAGGGCUAUAAAGGAGACAAAGGUGAGAAAGGCGAGAAUGGUGACCAAGGAGCUAGUGGGAUUCCCGGAUUCCCAGGAAAGCCAGGAGAAGCAGGUGAGAUUGGACCUAAAGGAGAAAAAGGAAAUCUGGGACUAGCUGGCAUAAAAGGACAAAAAGGAAACAAAGGCGAUAUGUGUGAUAAUGGCACAAAAGGGGAAAGAGGAGAAAAGGGAGAGCAAGGAUUAAAUGGCAUUGAUGGGGAAAAGGGAGACAGGGGUGAAAAUGGGGAUUUAGGAGAGAAAGGUAAUUACGGGGAUACUGGAGAAAAGGGAGAGAUAGGAGAAACUGGAGAAAGGGGACCAAAGGGAGACAAAGGUAUUAAGGGUGAUGCAGGGCUAAAUGGUAUAAAUGGCUUUCAAGGUGAAAAUGGAGAAAAGGGAGAGCCAGGGCAAAAGGGGGAUAAAGGUGAGCUUGGCCCUCCUGGUUUAAUGGGUCCAUCUGGCCCAAAGGGACAUUUUGGCAUGAAAGGAGUUAGAGGCCUUCCAGGGAAAAAAGGUGCCCGAGGCCUCAAAGGAUCUAAAGGAGAUAAUCACAAACCCAUUAAAUCUGCUUUUACUGUGGGUCUAUCAAAACCUUUUCCUGCCCCUAAUGCUCCAGUAAGGUUUGACAGAAUAUUGUACAAUGAACAAGAUGAGUACAACCCUACGACUGGUAAAUUUAACUGUACAAUUUCAGGAACCUAUGUGUUUGCUUUCCAUGUGACAGUCAGGGGACGACCAGCUAAGAUUAGCAUUGUUGCUCAAAAUAAAAAGAUGUUUAAGAGCCGUGAAACUCUGUAUGGCCAGGAGAUAGAUCAGGCUUCAGCGAUGCUGGUUCUGAAGUUAAGCGCUGGGGACCAGGUUUGGUUAGAGGUUUCGCGGGACUGGAAUGGUAUUUAUGUGAGUAAUGAUGAUGACAGCAUAUUUACAGGAUUUCUUUUAUACCCAGAUGAUACUGUUGAAAAGCAAUUAACACAAUAA